GUAUGGGGACAGAAGAGAAUGUUAUACGAUUUGUUAUUGGAAUCUUUGUUUCUCUAGGUGCUUCAUUUAUGGAUGCACUUGGUCUAAAUAUUUUGAAACUAGAUCAUGUAAAAGAAUCCAAAAAGGACCACCAACGAGGUGAUUGUGGAAGACCUUUAUGGCAUUUAGGUCUUUAUACAUACAUUGCCAGUCAAUUAAUUGGUAGCACAAUCGCAUUAAAUUAUUUAAAAACUCAAUGGGUUGCACCGCUUGGAAGUGUGGCCUUAAUAUUCAACUUUAUCUUUGCAAAAUUACUCGUCAAUACCAAAAUCACUCGAAAGGACGUUCUCGGUACUUGCGUCGUUGUUGCAUCUGUAAUAUGGAUUGUUGUAUUUGGAGGCAUGUACAAUGGUGAUGACCCCGAAGAAUCCAUCUCUCUGGAAAGUCUCAAAGUCAAGUUUGUCAGACCCAUCUUUAUCAUUUACUUUAGUGCUCUCAAUAUCAUUGCCUUUGGUGGUUUAACUAUCUCUAUUUGGUCCAACUGGGCCAUCUCAGAUGAAUCCAGGAAGCGCAAGAGUCAAGUAUUUGCUACCAUGAACCAAAAGAAAAUGAAGCAUAUCGUUGGCUUGAUGUUUAGUAUCGAAGGUGGUCUCUUGGCCAGUGAAACCUUACUCUUGGCCAAAAGUGGUGUCAAACUAUUUACCUUGUCCAUGCAAUCUCAGGUAAAUCAGUUUAACGAUAAUGUCAGCAGGUUCAUCCUCUUGGCUUUACUCGUCACUGCUGUUCUUCAAGUCUAUUGCUUAAAUACAGCCCUUAAACUCUACUCUUCCGUAGUGGUAGUCCCUGUAUUUUAUGGUAGUUAUACUGCAGUGGGUCUUGUGAAUACCAUCAUCUACCUGGACGAGAUUGGAAACUAUCCUCCAUGGGCUAUUAUUCUAGUCUUUGUUGGAAUAGGAGUAUUAAUUUACGGUGUAUUCUUGCUCAGUUCUAAACCGGAUCCAGCCCAUCAUCAUCAUGGUCAUGGAGAAGAAGCACCGGUUGUGCAAGAGUUGGACGAUAUGGGUGAAUCAGCUGCUGCGAUGGAACAAUGGUUGUCUGCCAAAGAUGAAAAGGAAGCUGUACACAAGAUGAUUGGUGAAAGUAGCUCUGCUCAUAGUCUUAAGGAACCCACGACGAAGACUGAACGAGGAAGAGUGAGUAAAUUCUUUCGAAAAUUGAAACUGUUGGGAACAAUGCAUCAUCCCGUUCCACGAAGAGAGAUGGAUACUUUUAUUAGUUUAAAUAGUAAUACAACCACGAUUAUACCACUUGCUAUUUCCUCCAACUCUUCCUCUUCUUCUUCCGUCCAUCAUAUAAAAUAAUGUUUAUAUAUAUAUAUAUAUAUAU